CAAGUUGGAUAACUUGGGCCUGAAUCCAGGUGAGGCGGCACAGUUCGACCAGAAUACCUUUCCCUUGGCUACAAAAAGGCUAGGGCUGGAACUUGCAGGAUCACUGAUCAGAUUUCCUUCAGCUUCUUUUGGUCUCCCUACGCUACCUCUCUCUAAGAAACAUAAAUCAUGCCGAAGAAUAAGGGAAAGGGAGGUAAGAAUAGGAAGAGAGGAAAGAACGAAGCAGAUGAUGAGAAACGUGAACUCAUCUUCAAGGAAGAUGGACAGGAGUAUGCCCAAGUUCUUCGCAUGCUUGGCAAUGGCCGUUGUGAAGCCAUGUGUAUUGAUGGCUCCAAGCGCCUAUGUCACAUUCGAGGGAAGAUGCACAAGAAGGUCUGGAUUGCGGCUGGUGAUAUAAUUCUUGUUGGGCUGCGUGACUACCAGGAUGACAAAGCUGAUGUUAUCUUGAAGUAUAUGCCAGAUGAAGCUAGGCUUCUGAAGGCCUAUGGUGAACUUCCUGAGAAUACACGUCUCAAUGAAGGUAUUGCUGGAGGUCUUGAUGAGGAGGAUGAUGGUGCCGGUGAUGAUUACAUCGAGUUCGAAGAUGAAGAUAUUGAUAAGAUCUAGAGUUUGGGAACUGACUUUCUUUCUAUCUUAUGUUUAUUUAUGAAGAGAGAUGUCCAUGUGAGUGGCUAACGAUAUUAAAAGCCUAAGCAAGGGUUUGUGCUUUAUAAGUUGAAAUUGGGAUGCUAAACUGAUAAUAUUUCUUGUGAUAGUUAUCAUUUUUAUUGGUUC